CGUGAAAGCACGACUCUACGGGUUUUUGCUUAUGGCACUAACUACAAAGUGAGAGCUUAUUACGAGGAACCGUCUGCAACUUGUCUUUGACGCUUCCAAUGAUGCAAGUGAAGAGAUUACAUUUUCCACAAUUAAUGCAACACUAACUCAUUCAUUUAACAAUAAUAAUACCAGUUUUUUUCAACUCACAGCAUUUCGUUGACUGGAGUAAGAUGAGAAAUCUUCUUAUCAACUUUUCUCAUUGAUAUAGUUUUGGGGAUUUUCAUUGUUGACUCCAAGUAUGGGUUGGAGAUACAGAGGUGGGUUAUUCUUAAUUGGUAUUGUUGUUCUCAUAUGGGUUACUUCUGCAGAGAUUACUCAGAGAAUAUUUUUGGAAUACAAACACCCAUUUGCAAUUACAUAUCUAGGGGCAUCUCUAUUGGCGAUAUAUCUACCAAUUGCCAUUCUCAAGGACUGGCUUUGCAACAUAUUUUCAUUGAAAAAGCUAUUGAAUUCAAGCUCGAUAAUUACCUCUUUGGUUGCAUUGGAUACCCCAAUGAGGGUUACUGGUCUAGAAACUGAGAUGAGAAGUUGCUUAAUUACUGAGAUGGAACUCGGCAGAAAGAAAGAAGGACUAGUGCCUUUGCUUGCUAAGGAAAGUGAUGGGAAUGACUGCGAUGGAGGUAUACAGAAAUCUGAACUUCGAACAUGGGAGAUUGCUAAAUGUAGCUUCCUUAUUGCUCCAGUAUGGUUUACAACUGAGUAUUUUUCCAACGCUGCACUGGCAAACACAAGUGUUGCAAGUACAACGGUCUUGUCUUCUACUUCAGGACUGUUCACACUUUUCUUUGGCGCAUGCCUUGGUCAAGAUUCUCUUAACAUAACAAAGAUUGUUGCGGUUAUUAUAAGCAUGGCUGGUGUUGUUAUGACCACACUUGGAAAAACUUGGGCAACAGAUGAACAGGGAAUAUCCGAUACAAAGCACUCAAUUGUUGGGGACAUUUUUGGUUUACUUGCCGCAGUAACGUAUGGCUUAUUUACUGUGCUACUAAAGAGAUGUGCUGGAUCAGAAGGAGAAAAGAUGGACGUGCAUAAAAUCUUUGGAUAUAUCGGAUUGUUCAGCCUUCUUGGACUGUGGUGGCUUGUGUGGCCUCUUACUGCUGUGGGGAUUGAGCCAACUUUCAAAUUUCCGCACUCCACAUCCAUUGAAGAGGUCUUAUUGCUAAAUGGUUUAGUGGGAAGUGUUAUUUCAGAUUACUUUUGGGCUCUUUCUGUUGUUUGGACAACCCCUCUAGUUGCAACGCUGGGCAUGUCCCUCACAAUACCCAUUGCAAUGGUAGCAGAUAUGGUCCUCCAUGGACGCCAGUAUUCCGCAAUCUAUAUUCUCGGAUCUCUUCAGGUGUUUGCAGGAUUUGUAAUAGCUAACCUAUCAGACACAUGCUCAUACAAGGUUAGAAACCUCCAGAUGGUUCAGUGACCGUAGAUAUAGGGGUCCAGUCAAGGAAAAUGGCCUUCUAACUGGAUUUUCUGGAACUCUCAAGUCUGAACAGGUACUGGCAUAGGAAAGCCGUGAGAUAAAACAGCUUUCCUCUCUUUCUGUUUCUCUCUAUUCAUUUUAGUCAUCCCAGAAUUAUGUGCUCGUUAUCCAUACAACCAUUUCUCAACAGUUUGGAAUUGUAUAUAAAUCAGUAUACCUGUAUACAAAGUUAUAAGAAAUCUGAAUUUGUAUGAAUUCCUACCAACAAAUGAAAAUAUCCUCACGCACAGACUUGUUGAAGUAGUUCAA